AGCCCUGGCCUCGGCGAGCUCUGUUCCUAGAUUUCGCACACGCCCCGCGCCCUCCUGGGCGCCCGACACAGACUGGCCCGCCGGGGUCCCGCCACCCCCUCCUCAGCUGACCCGGCCGGAGGGACCGCAGAGGAGGUCAAGUCAGGCGCUCACUGCCCCGUGCGUUUGGAGUUCGGGAGCGCAGACGCCGCGCGCAGCCCGAAUCGCAAAGUCGAGGCGCAGGGCUCGGCAGCGGUUCCAGCACCUCCUGCAGCCGCGGGUCCCAGCGUGGCGUCCCCGCUCCCCGCCCGCCGCCCCGGGGCCGGCCUGGGGAGCCGAGGGAGCCGGGAGCCCGGCGCCCCUAUGCGCCGCCGCGUCGCCGCGCCGCCCCAGCUAUGACCCUGAGCACGGAGAUGUCCGAUGCCUGCGGCCUCGCCGAGGAGACAGACAUCGACGUGGUGGGGGAGGGCGAAGACGACGACGAGGAGGAGGACGAUGACGACGAGGGCGGCGGCGGGCCCCGGUUGCCCGGCUCGGCCCAGCGGCGGCGGCGCUCUUAUGCCGGGGAGGACGAGCUCGAGGACCUGGAGGAGGAGGACGACGACGAUGACCUGCUGCUGGCCUCGCGGCCCGCCGCGUCUCCCGCGCCUCCGGGCCCUGUGCCCGCGUCGGGGACCGGCACGGGAAGCUGCAGCGGUGCGGGAGCGGGAGGCAGCUCCGGAACCGGCGCGGGCGCGGGCGGCGGUGCCAAGAACCCACUGGUGAAGCCCCCCUACUCGUACAUCGCGCUCAUCACCAUGGCCAUCCUGCAGAGUCCGAAGAAGCGCCUGACGCUUAGCGAGAUCUGCGAGUUCAUCAGCGGCCGGUUUCCGUACUACCGGGAGAAGUUCCCCGCCUGGCAAAACAGCAUCCGCCACAACCUGUCGCUCAACGAUUGCUUCGUCAAGAUCCCGCGCGAACCGGGCAACCCGGGCAAGGGCAACUACUGGACGCUCGACCCGGAGUCCGCAGACAUGUUCGACAACGGCAGCUUCCUGCGGCGCCGCAAGCGCUUCAAGCGCCAGCCGCUGCUGCCCCCGCACGCGGCGGCCGAGGCGCUGCUGCUGCGCGGCGCGGGGCCGGCGGGUGGCGCGGGGGAUCCGGGCGCCGCGCUCUUCCCUCCGCCGCCGCCUCCCGCCUGCGGCUACGGAGCCUACGGCUGCGCCUACGGCCUGCAGCUGCCGCCCUGCGCGCCGCCCUCCGCGCUCUUCGCCGCCGCUGCCGCCGCAGCCGCCGCCUUCCACCCGCACUCGCCGCCGCCGCCGCCGCCCGGUGCGGCCGCCGAGCUGGCGAGGACCGCCUUCGGCUACCGGCCGCACGCGCUGGGCGCCGCCCUGCCCGGCCCGUUGCAGGCGGCCACAGUGAAGGCGGGAGGCCCCGGUGGCGCCGGGGCGCUGGCACGCUCGCCUUUCUCCAUCGAGAGCCUCAUUGGUCGCAGCCGGGGUCCAGCGGUCGCCAGUGUGCAAGCCUCUCCCGGGGCCGCUACCGGGACCGCACCGGGACCAGGGGGCGGAGGCUGCUCGGUGCAGGCGGCUGCCGGCCCGGCUGCCGCGCUCACCCGCUCGCUCGUGGUCGCCGCUGCGGCCGCCGCCUCGUCGGUGUCGUCUUCGGCCGCGCUGGGGACUCUGCACCAGGGGACUGCGCUGUCCAGUGUGGAGAACUUUACUGCUAGGAUUUCCAAUUGUUAGAAACGCCGUUAGCGCGCGUGAGAAAGUGAAGGUAGGACUCCCGGCCCCUUUCUGCGGAUGGGUGGUUGGUUUUGUUCGCUCCUCCCAGCCCUCGGCGACCUCGCGCCCCCAUUUUUGCCGCUUUGGAUUCUUGGACCGGACUGUGUUGGGCGACAGCUGGGGCGCCGCGCAGUUCGGCUCAGCGGGUCCCUCUAAUAUUUAUGCAAAAUCGCCCUAUGCUGCAACCCUGACUUGGGGAGGGAAGGAAGAGGGUGUUAGAGGAAGUCGCCCUGUUUUAGCACUAGGGGCUUCUUUGACUUUUGACAAAUUGAGAAAACCAACCCAAACCAUCAAAACUAAGCCCUUUUGAGGUAUAAAGAUUCUCAGGUCCAGGGGUUAAAAAAAAAAAGUCAAUAAUGUUUAUACGAAGCUCAUACAAACCCAGUCUCCAAGAAAUGCCUUUAUUUGCUCACACUUAUUUGGUGUACUUUUUCAUGGAAAGGAAAAAAAUGAAUAACAUGUUUACACAAGAAACAAGUCAAAUUUUAUCAUUUCUUAUUUUAACCUGUGUUUUGUAUCAUAAUGGACAUGGGGAAUUUUUAUUUUGUACUUAUGCGUAUUCUUUACAAGGAGUAUUGUAAAUUUUACUGGCAAUUAUUAUUGUACUAUUCUAAUGUAAGAUUUUUACACUUUUUUUCAGAAAUAAAAUGCUUAAUU